GGAACGCAUCUUCCGCAUGUACCACAAGUUGGGCAAGGUACGCAUGCGCAGUGUUAGCCGCCACCAGCUUUGUUGAGUUGUUCCAGCUACUGUGCUAGCUAGCAAGCAUUUCCUGUCGCUGACUGAACACAACUAUGGAUAUCGACGCGGUAUUGGAGGCUUUCAAAGAGUUUGAGAAGAAAGGGAAGAAAGAGACGUGUCCUGUUCUAGAGCAGUUCCUGUGUCAUGUCGCUAAGACCGGGGAGACAUUGAUCCCAUGGUCACAGUUCAAAACAUACUUCAUGUUUAAGAUGGAAAGUGUUAUGGAUGAUUUCCAUGCCUCAUCACCAGAACAGAGAGGACCACAUAAUCCUAAUGUGGAGUACGUUCCUUUUGAGGAGAUGAAGAAAAGGAUCUUGAAAAUAGUGGAUGGGUACAAUGGCAUCCCAUUCACUAUCCAGCGGCUGUGUGAACUGCUUACGGAUCCCAGGAGAAACUAUACUGGGACAGACAAGUUCCUCCGAGGUGUGGAGAAGAAUGUCAUGGUGGUCAGCUGUGUAUACCCAACAUCAGAGAAGAAUGGCGCUACCAGUGUGAACAGAAUGAAUGGAGUGAUGUUCCCUGGCAACUCAUCUGCAUAUUCAGACAGUCGAAAUGUGAAUGGACCAGGAACACCAAAACCUUUCAACAGACCAAAGCUAUCGUUGACUAGUUCACUCUCUACUAAUGGCCUCCCUGACUGUGCAAUCAGCAAAGAGCCAGAGUCAAACACAGCGGAGGUUGGGGAGCAUCAUAUCAGUGAUUCAUCAUCAUCAGAAGUUGAAAGUACACCAAGCAGUGGGAUAAAGAACAAACAUCACGAGGAAGAUGAAGAGGAAGAUGCUGAGGCUGACAAACAUGACAUCAAGAGGCUCAAGUUUGGUGAAAAGGAAGAGGAUGAGAAGGAAAAUGAGGAGUCAUCGUGUUCCAAAGGGUCAGAAAGCCUACCGUUGACCCCAGAGUCUUCAAACGUUGCUUGUGAAGACAACAAAAAUGGCUCCUCUUUUGACACACCUACCACUUCAGGGGAUCAUGAGCCCAGCAGCACGCAGGCAGAGACUUCUGAGCGGGAAGAAGAGACAUCAGAGAGAGCGGCAGCCCUCAGUGUAAAGAGUGACAGCACUAUGGACCAAAUAGAGCCUCCCGCUCUGCCAGAGAAGAGUACGAGCUCAGAGGUGCAGGACAAUGAAGACAGCAGCAGCCGAGUCAGCAGCAGCAACAGCAACAGCAGUGAUGAGGAGGGCACGCACAGCAACAAGCCUGUCACCUCUCCUAGUAAUACAGCUGACUUGUCAACAGAGGGCACUGCUGAGAACUCAGAAAGCACAGAGACUGCAAGUGAGUCUGGGGGACACGAGUAACUUGAGGCUUGGCCAGCCAACUGACUGUUUUUCUACACUGUAUGAUACCAUGCCAAGGGUAUUCUGUAGCACUGUGGACCUCUAGACUCCAGGAGCAGGAGAGAUGUGGGACUUGAAGUUCCUCAAAGAAGAACCUUUUUGUUCCUCUCAGUUCCAACUGCUUAAGGCCACACAUCACUUGGUCUUUAAACUGGAAGAAAUUUGAUUUAAACAAGAAUAUGAAGACUCAUUUUUCCACUGUUUACUAAAAUAUCUUGAACUUUUCUUGAUGUGUUUUCUAAUCUUUUCAACUGAUUUUUAUAUAUAUCUAUAUAUAAAUAUAUAUAUAUACAUAUAUAUAUAUUUGAGUGUGGUCAUUUAACCUUGAUAACUGAUGUAUUCAGUAAUUUGACACCCAGGAAUUCUCUGUUAUUUGGCAUGCAUUUCCAAAAAGAUGAAUUGGACUGCUUGUGUUGUGUUUUGGCCUAAGCAUUUUUAUUUUGACCAUCUCUCUGAUGAAUGUGUCUCUCUACAACCCUGGUGAAUGAGGUGGUGACCUGAAGACACCUGCCAUCAAGAAUGCAAAGCAACACUUCAUAGAUUUUUUUUUCUUUGCUUUUUCUAUGAAGCACAAACAAUUUAAAAAAAAAAAAAAAAAAAAGCAUUAUCUUGCACUUGUUAGAGUUGAGCCCUGGCAAUAUGUGCAAAUUGUGUCACAGUUGGACUCUGUCUCUAUAUGAAACCAGUUAAACAAGACAGAAUUUUGCCAGUAGUAAAUGAUUUGGGGUACUGAAGUUCAGUUUCAUAUACCACUAGAGCUGUUUAGGUUUUGUCUGAGUGAGAGGCAGUGGCACCUAAAUGUAAGCGAGAGGGAUUGAAUCUUUGUUUUCAGUAUAUCAGUUCAUCAAAGUUGAAAGAACACAUGGUACUUUUCUCAUAUCUGUAUGCCAUACCUUAGUUGCACAACUCUCCCUUUUGAUAGCUAGGAUUUUUACAGUACAUAUCUGUAAAGUAGUUUUUGUAGAAUUGUAAUACAUGUCCUCUGCCUUUGUAAAACAGAUAAUCGCUGGAAAUUGAAUGCUUGAGCUUGCAUCACAGUAUUCAUGAAAAGCAAUAAAUGCUAACAUUUUA